AACUAUGCUUUUUAGACAUAACAACUAGAGAGAAGAUUAAGACCAAACCCAAAUUAUUGAAAAGAACAAGAAGACUACCAGAUCUUGUUUCCACAGUGUAUCUGCAGGUUGUUGCAAAGAGAGAAAAUGGAUGGACAAGGUGAUUUUAAUGAGUUUGGAAACAUUUUCAAAACAAUUCUGGGAAGUACUGAAGAUGAAGAGAGUAAUAUCAUUGAUGCUAUGAAUUGUGACAAUGAUGGCGAUGAUGGUGGAAGGAUGAGGAGAAGCUUUAGGCACACUGCUUUUCAGAUUCAAGAACUUGAAACUUUCUACGAGGGCAAUCCUCUACCUACUUCGGAUCAGAGGAACGAACUUGGUCAAAGACUAAAUUUGGAGGCUAGGCAAGUCAAGUUUUGGUUUCAGAACAAGAGAAGCCAAGAGAAGGUGAAUAAGGAGUGCCUUGAGAAUAUAUGUCUCAUAGAAAAUAAUGAAAGAUUGCUAGAAGCUCAGGAUGAGCUUAGAAUGCUACAAAUAUCCAACUAUGGAGACGUCGACUACAAGGCUACUGCACCCGAGCAGCUCCCGUCAUCUUCCUCUAAUCCAAUAAGAAACGCAACACCACAGCUAGAUUCGGGUCGUGGAUAUAUAAGUGCGAAGAAGGAUGAAGCAAAGCUUCUUGAACUAGCCAAUACAGCUAUGGAUGAGUUGAAAGCGUUGGGAGAAAGAAACUGUCCGUUUUGGACUCUCGACCUACGCAACGAUAUUGUAGGACCUCCCGGGUGUGCUGCGGAGUCUUCAAGAUGUAUAGGUUUAGUUCGCAUGGGUAGCUCGACUCUGGUCAAGACUCUUAUGGACACGGGCAAAUGGGUCGACGUGUUUGCAUCUAUUGUGCAUGUGGCAUCAGCACAAAAACUGAUACGUCCCACUUAUAGUGGGGCCAGAAGUGGCUCACUCCAACAGAUACAAGCAGAAUUUCAAGUCAUGUCUCCGCUGGUACCAAAGAGACAAGUAACGUUUCUUAGAUACUGCAAAGAUCUCGGAGACGGCUCAUGGGUGGUCGUCGACGUUACUGAUCCUGCUGAAUAUCCGACUUUCUUUCCCUAUGGUGCGUCUAAUAGGCUACCCUCAGGCCUUAUCAUACGGGACAUGGCCAAUGGCUACUCCGAGGUUACAUGGAUUGAACAAGCUGAAUAUAAUAAGAAUCACAUCCACCAGCUCUACCAGCCUUUGAUUGCAUCUGGGAUCGGGCUAGGCGCAAAGAGAUGGCUCACCACGCUGCAGAGAUACUGUGAAAGCCUCUCGACCCUUUCGGCUACCAACAUGGGAGAAAUUAUCCCAGGAAUGUCUGCAAAAGGUGCAAAUGAAUUAAUGAAGCUAACAAAGCGAAUGACUCGCAACUACUACACAGGUAUGACCAGUUCUACGGUGGGCAAGUGGGAGAUGAUUGAGGUAGAGAAUGUGGCACAAAACAUGAGAUUCAUGACCCGGAAAAGCUUGAAUGAGCCUGGUGAGUAUACAGGGAUUGUGCUGAGUGCAGCCAUUUCUGUUUGGUUUCCAGUGAACCAGCGAACACUCUUUGCUUUCCUUAACCACCUUGGUUCCAGACACGAGUGGGAUACUUUGACCCUUACUUCCAUGGAAGAAAUAUUCCGGAUUCAAAAAGCAAAUCGCCAUGAGAACACAAUCUCUCUGCUUAGAGUCAUUGGGGAUGAGAAUGAUAUGCUAGUUUUGCAAGAAGUUUGGAAUGACGCAUCGGGUGCAGUGUUGGUGUACGCACCUGUGGAAACCAGUUCAAUUGAGGCGGUCAAUAGAGGUGAAAAUUCAAAUUAUGUGCCGCUCCUACCUUCCGGAUUUUCGAUUGUGCCAGACGGAUCAACUGGUGGAGGAUGUCUACUGACUCUUGGACUUCAGAUCUUAGCUAGCACUAAUCCAACUGCGCAGCUCACCCAAGGUUUUGUCAAAAUUGUGGAGGGCCUUAUGCUUCACACAAUUGACAAGAUCAAAUCCGCGUUACAUAAACAACCAUAAACAUCAGCGUCUCCAGUUUCUGUUUUUUUUUUUUUCGGUAUGAAAUUUAACAUUGGCUUGUGUCCUAAUUUGCUUUUCCAACCAAGACUCCUCCGGAUUAAGUUUUUAUGUGAUGGAUACUCUUUCCUUUUUCU